UCUCCCCUCGCUGGAGCUGCUAGCCUUCGCUGUGUGUUGUUGUUGAAGCAAUGAUGGCGGCAGCGGGAUGCGGAUCAGCAACCGCGGCUGCCGGAGGAGGCCAAGGUGGAACCGCUGCGGCCAGAGGUCGUUUCCCCGGUCGGCCUUGGUCGUCUCGAAGUCGUUUGCGUUCCGAGAAGCGGUGGCAACUCGGACGAUCAGGCUUAGAAGCUGAUGAUGUGACUAACGGAGGGCCUAGGCCCGCAAACCUGGUCCUGUCGUUAAACGAAGACCAGUCUCACUUGCGCUUACUAGGCAUAGAAGCGAGCCACAAGAUCCUCGGCCAGGCUGGAUAUAGCUCUAGUGGGAGUGAAGAGGUGAGGACCCAAACCGACCAAGGAGGGGAUGUCUUCAGAGGAUUCGCAGCAGUGAGGAAAAGGUCCAAAGGAUCUAUUAUGCCUCGACAAAACACUUCCAAAGGUGUUGCUGUCAACAAGAGGACAAAACAGCAAAGUCAGAAGCUCCAACUUGCCACUCCUGCAGAGGAGGAAGCGGUAUCUACACCUGGAGCUGAGAAAGAUGCUGAUUCUAUUCAGGACUCUCUUGUGCUACCUCCUCAAGAGGAGUCUGCAAAGGAUCUCAAGAAAGGAUCGAAGGAGAAAAACACAGAACAGCAGCUGAGCAAAAGCAUAGAAUCAGCAGCAGCACCAAGGAUUACGAUUAAAUUGGUGGCAAAGAAGAAAAUAAAAACCGUAAAAGCACCUCAUCAAAUGACCACUAAGAAGUUGAAAGUAAAAGGAAUUCAGGAUCAGCCUAAAGCCAAGGACAUUCAGGGUGACGAGAUCUCAAGUGUGCAUGUUAAGUUAAAAACUGAACCUCAUGGGGAUGUACAAGACAUCGAAGACAAAGGAGGGGGGAGUUUACCUGCCAGACGGCGUGGAAGAUCUGCUUCAAAAGCAUCAGAGCACGACUGCCAAUCUAGCGCCAAAGUUGGGGCUAAUGACCAAAAAAGGAAAGCAGGAAAAUCCAGACGUCAUCAUGCCGCGAAAGAGAUUGAGACAGUUGAGUCAAAUGCCACCGCAAAGCAAUUCAAGCACAAGCAAACUGUGACAGAGCAAGGUCCUGCCAUGACUCAAAAGGUAAUCCGUAGGAGAAAAAGGAACGCCAGCCGAGCAUCUCAAGCAUUGCCAAUUGCUGCAGCAGAAUCAGAUGUUGCUGAAACAAAACCAGAGAUAUCGGUAAAAUCUGUCCGGGCUAAACGGUUGGUGAAAAAUGAAAACAGAAGACAAAGCAGCCGACUAAAUAAGGAUGCUCCGGUGGCAGGAAACAGCAGCGCAUUAUCGACAGAGGCUGAUAGUGUGGCUGUGCAGCCUAAAAACAGUGUGGCUUUAAGUGAGGAAUUGAGGGUCCCAAGUUUGAAGUUGAUAAAGAUUAGAAACCCAAAGUAUGAUGCGCAGUCCAAUGGGAAGAAAUCGACACGAAAGAAAAAGAGGAAAAAAUUUAUAUGGACUUUAACGUUAGUGAAAAUCGGUCCAUCGCAGAAGGAGAAAUGUCCUGUCAUAAAAACAGAGCGGACUGAAAAUGAACCAAAUUUGUUUGAUGGAAAAGAAUUGAGUUUGCCCGAACCGUUUCAACAUUCUGCUCAGAAAAGUGAUGAGAGUCAAGUAAUGCCUGGCAUCAAAGAGUCGGCAGAGGAAGAGCCACCUUCAGUAGUGGAAGACGAAGGUGAAAACAAAUCCCCACCUCAAGUUUCUGACAAAGUUGUACCUCCUCUUCAAAUCAAAAAGGUCUCGUCUCCUCGCAAACGCAAAAGCUCCAAACCAUCCUUUUUAGUUCAACAAGUUGCUCCUGUGCCUGAGAAGACAGAGGAUCUUAUUGAUGGUGUAGGUGAAGAGAAGGCAGUUCUAGAAGAAGUGGUGGUUAAGUCACCAUGUAAGAAAGAAAAAGCGGUUAAAUCACCACGUGCGGUUUCUAGCACUGCACCAAUAAGGAUGCUGAGAAGUAAAAUCCCAAGUGUUGAUUUACCACAAACUGAGUUGGUCAGCAGGAAGCGAAGGACGUCAAAGAAGCAGAAAUUAAAAUCAGUCUCACCAGAGGUGGACGUCCCACAGGUCGCUUUUGAUAACUCAGCUCCCAUGUUAUCAGAUUCUGCAUCCCCUGUUCUUCCAGGAAACUCCUCACAGACAACGAAUACUGAAGCCUUAGAACUUCCUGCUGCUGAGUCCGAUGUGCUCAUUGAUGAUCCCUUGAUGGUGCCAAAUGAAGUUUUGUCAGAAAAAGAGGAUAUUGAAGUGAAAUCUCAGCUUGUGGAGGUGAAAGACCUGCCUGUGCCUUCGAAAUCGAAACCUAAAAUUUCUCGGAACGUUAAGUUAAGAAGAAAGAGGUUUGCUAAAAGGAAAAAACUGUCGGUUCCAUAUCAGAAGUCAGCCAAAGUCAUGUCUGCCAUGGUUGAAUCCAGUAUUUUGGACCGAAAGACAGACGAGGAAGCUCUAGCUGCAGAGGGGAAUCAGGCUGACCCAAUUGAAAUGAGCUUGCCUGAGACUGCACAGGGUGCUGAGCAGGUGCAACUCCAAGCGGAACAGAUUGAGCCCCAAAAGGAGCGAUCACUGAAAGAGCAGAUCCACAUCCCUACAGAGCAGAUCCCUCCCCCAGAACAGACAAUCCACCCCUCUGAUCAGGUGGUCCACCCCCCUGAAGAGCAGAUCCACCCCUCAGAGGAACAAAUCCAUCCUCCAGAGGAACAGAUCCACCCCCCAGAAGAGCUUAUGGCUCCUCCGGAAAUACAGAGCCACCCCCCAGAAAAGCAAACCCGUCCCCCAGAGAAAGAGAUCCUUCCCCAGGUGAAAGAGGAACCUGACAUACAGCUAAUAGACAAACCCCAAACCCUGGUCUUAGAUAGUGACCCCACAGAACUGUGCUCAUUGAACAAAUCUGCCAAAAAAGGACGAAAAAAGCGCAAGACUUUGAUUGGCCAACGCCAAAAACACAGACAUCGGAGCCGAGAUGGGAAAUUUGCUCCACUAAGGCCAGCACCCAGUCAGGGAGAAGGGGAGGAAGACUGUUCGAUUUCCACCCUGCCAGAAGCAACUGAAAGCCCCGGUCUUAUUGGCGUAAAUAAAAAGUACAAAAAGAAGGAGCUGGGAAUUUUAUCGAAAAGGCCAAAACCGCCAUCAAAACUUAUAUCCAAACUCCUGGAACUGGAGCUCAACCAGGAAGGAUUGAAACAAGAAGAGACAGACACGUUAGUUGAUGGAACUAGAGUCUCAGAUGCACAACCUGGUAAAUCAAAGUUCAUCAAGAACAUCAAGCACUUCAUCAUGCCUGUGGUGAGUGCCAGAUCGUCUCGAGUGAUUAAGACCCCGCAAAGAUUCAUGGAUGAUAUUGGAAUGUCCGUAUUACCUCGGAGAAACUCUCCAAAGAAAGGUUUGCAACUGGGUCUGCAGAUACGGCCGGGUAAGAAACAAGAUGAGGAGACGCCAUCUUGGGACCGAGCGAUCUCGCCAAUCCUGCCCAUUGAUGAGGAGGAAUUGUUGCGAGAGGCCGAUUUGGACGUUGACAUUUUUUCAGCACAUGACCUGGACGAUGGCACUGAUUUGGCCGACAGCUUGUUUUCUGAAACAAAAACAGAUGAAGAUGAUCUGAGGAGGAAUCCCUUGAAGAACUCGGCCUUCAAGUGGACUUUGUCGGAUGACUCUUGUGAGGAAUUGUUUACACUGGACAAAACUGAGGACAAAUGUGAUCUGUUUUUAUCAUCGCUUGAUAAACCUACAGAAUGUCAAUCUACUGACUUCGCUGAUGCCCAGAAGAAGAAGACUUCCCCCAAGAUAAACAAAUCAACUCGGAUUCAUUUCUAUCAAAAGUUAAAGUCGCAACAAGCAGGGCUUCUGAAAAUGAAAAACACAACAGAGAAGGAGAGCGUAAGCAAACCCCCUCAGCCUCCAAUCGAUCUUGCUGAAGGACUUGAUGAUGAGGUGAUGAGCAUUAGUCUCAGACAUCGCAAUUCCAGUGCAGAGAAGAGCAAGUCAAAGCUGAAGAUAGAAGACCUCAACACUCCUGGAGUAGUUAGAAAAGUGUCCGUGUCUGUUCGGAAUACAACCCCUAAAUCCCUUACAAUUGACGACCAAGUGAGUGUAAAGGAGAAAGACAUUCAUCGUGCCUCAGGAGAACUUAAGUCAAAAAAGAAGACGAGUUCAGAAGAAGGCGAUGGCCCGGAAGCGGCUGAAAAGGGAGCCGCUCAAAGGUCACGUCUUACUGGUGCAAAUAAAAGAAUGUUGAAUCUGCUCAGGAAAGCCAAGGUGCAGCUCAUGAAAAUCGACCAGCAGAAACAGCUCAAGUCGUCUGGGUUGUUGUCUGGUCCCAGUUUAGCCCGCUCCAGAGAUGCAGCCUCAAAGAAACAGAAGAAGAAUCGACGGAAGCAGCCAGGUUCUGAAGUGGUUGUCAAAACAGAACCACCUCAAGGGCAACCGCAGGUCAUCUCUCCUCUGUGCCAGGAGUUUCGUCAAGCUGGAGGUCCCAGAAUAAAGCAUGUUUGCCGUGCUGCAUCUGUGGUGCUGGGGCAGCCCAGAGCUUUGGUACCAGAUGACAUUCCCAGGCUCAGUGCCUUGCCUCUUCAUGAAAGAUCUGGAAUAUCCCCAUCAGCUGUCUCGAAAGACAUCGGCUCUCCCUCAGAGUCAGAUAGCCCUGAGCAAUCUGAUCUAAAGGUCACCAAGGUCAAGAAGUCAUCCAGCUUUAUGAAACGAAAGGGACUUGGACCAUUCGGGUAUCGCUCUCGGAGGUGUGGCAUUUGCAAAGGUUGCAAUCAUGAAGAUGACUGUGGAAGGUGCAUUAACUGUCUCGACAAGCCGAAGUUUGGGGGUCCAAAUACUAAACGGCAGUGCUGCGUGUAUAAGAGAUGUGAUCAGAUUGAGGAGAGGAAAGCACGGCGGCUAAGCGGAAGGAUGGCCCCCAAAGGAUCCUUGAAACGACGGCGGUCUUCUCUCAGUGGUGGGUAUUCAAGUAAUGAUGAAGAGCUUGACGGUGGUGCAGACUCGCCAUCAGGACUGCAAGGGGACAGUGAUAGUCCCUCAGUGCGGAAGCAGCCAAAGCGGGUUGUGAAACCACGUGUAUAUUUUGACCUUGUAGACUACGAGUCUGAUCUUGAUGAGAAAACGUUCUCGAGCUCUGCCUCGCCAGCGCGGAGAAAGACCCAAGGAUCUCGCGUCAAUGAAGACUUCGUACCCCUGGAUGGAUUCUUGGGAGAUACUUCGGAUGAUGAAGUCAAGCAGAGAAAAUCUGGUUCACAGAAACUGCCAUCUGGUCGUCGGAAACCUGAAAAGGGUCUUUCAUCACAGAGUCUUCUAGAGCAGACUCCUCCCAGUGUCCUUGCUGCUUUAGCUCAUGGAUUUGAGCAAAGAGAGGUUCAGCCUUCGAAGCCUAAACAUAAAAUCAGGGUUGACUUUAAGGAGGAUUGCACGCCAGAGAAUGUUUGGAACAUGGGUGGUUUAAGUAUAUUGACCUCAGCAGGGGUCAUGCCCUCAUAUGUCUGCUUCCUGUGUGCCAGCAAAGGGCAACAUGAGAUGAUACACUGCCAAGUAUGCUGUGAACCGUUCCAUCUGUUUUGCCUUGAGCCAAUCGAGCGUCCGUCGGAGGAAAACAAGGAGAACUGGUGCUGUCGCCAUUGCAAGUUUUGCCAUGUGUGUGGAAGCAAGAACAGGCAAUCCAAGCCUCUGCUGGAGUGUGAACGAUGCCAUAACUGUUAUCAUGCUUCCUGCCUUGGAGCCAAUUAUCCCAAACAUAAUAAGAAGAGAAAAGCAUGGGUUUGUAUGACUUGCAUCCGCUGUAAAAGCUGCAGUGUGACGCCAGGGAAGAGCGGGGACACUGACUGGAACUAUGACAAAGGCCUCUGUCCGGAUUGCUCAAAACUCUAUGAACAGGGUAACUACUGUCCGAUCUGCUUCAAGUGCUAUGAAGACAAUGAUUACGACAGUCAGAUGAUGCAGUGUGGAACAUGCAACCACUGGGUGCAUGCCAAGUGCGAGGAUCUCACAGAUGAGCUGUACGAGAUCUUGUCCAGCCUGCCCGAGAGUGUUGUGUAUUCAUGCCGGCCUUGCAGUGUGACGCGACCCAGUGCCUGGAGGGAACUUCUCUAUAUAGAACUCAGGUCAGGCGUGGAGAAAGUGCUUGCCUGCCUGCUUUCCUCGACGCUGACACAACACCUAGUGACCUGCUCACAGUGUGAGAAGUCAGCGGAUUCAGAUAGUGGACAGGAAGGACAGCCGGCCUGUGACCUCAGAGCUGUGGGCAAGAAGUUUGAUAAAGGUCUUUACACAACUCUGAAAAUGUUCCAUGAAGAUGUGGUUCAGUUGGUGAGGAGGAGGCUGGAGCAGGAAGAUCAUCUGCCUGAAGAGAAAAGACCCACUGCCCUUGCUCGCUCUUAUUAUUUAAAGCUCUUGGAGGAGGUGUUCAAUUGGUUUAACGGCCAAGAUCCAAAGGUGUGGAGCUCCUGUACCAAAGACUUGCCUGUGGGGCUCAUUUCCAAUGCCGUGCUUCCGCCAACAACAGAGCAUGUGUAUGCUCAGUGGCAGCAGAGGGAGGAGCUUACGUCCCACUCUCAAGGGGAAGUGGUGGAUCAUAAUGAGCAAUGUUUGGAUGAAAAGAAAGAGGAGGUUCUUUGUCCAAUCAAUGACAACACAAGCAUGAACCAUUUUAAGAACAGCAGGUCCAUUGGGGUCAACUUAAAAGGGAAAAGGGGUCGACUGUCAAAAGCAGAUUUGGACACUGGAUGGUGUAAGAACGAUGCUCGGCAGUGCUCUCUGUGUCAAAAAUAUGGAGACCUUAAACCCAAUGAGGCUGGCCGUUUGCUCUACCUGGGCCAGAAUGAGUGGGCACAUGUCAACUGUUGUCUGUGGUCCGCUGAGGUCUUGGAGGAAGAUAAUGGCUCCCUAGUACACGUCCACAGUGCUGUUGCAAGAGGACGUCUGAUGCGAUGUGAGCGGUGCAACAAGACAGGGGCUACUGUUGGCUGCUGCCUCACUUCUUGUCAAAGCAACUAUCACUUCAUGUGUGCCCGAUCUCGUCACUGCGUGUUCCAGGACGACAAGAAAGUCUAUUGCCAUAAACACAGGCACCUGAUUAGUGGCACGGUGAUAAGUGGGCAAGAAUUUGAAGUGAAGCGAAGGGUGUAUGUGGAUUUUGAGGGGAUCAGCUUGCGGAGGAAGUUUCUAACUGGGAUAGAACCGGAGUUGAUUAAUGUCAUGAUUGGUUCGCUCCAGAUUGACAAGCUGGGUGUGCUGUCAGAACUGUCAGCAAGCAAGGGAAAACUGUUUCCCGUGGGUUUCCAAUGUUCCCGCUGGUUCUGGAGCACAAUUAAUCCGCAGCGCCAGUGCAAGUACACGUGCCGAGUCCGAGAGGUGCGACCUUUGCUUCCUGAGAAUUCUGUCGAGGAAUUGCUGGACCAAGGGAAGAACCAGACCAUCGCACACUAUCCCUGUCCACCACCAGAGCCGAAAAUGCUUGAAGGAGAUAAGAUGGAAUCGCAAUCACAGCCCGUAGAAUCAGUCAACAUCUCCUCCACCAAACUAGAACCUGGAGCAAGGCCAAAGAUUCCUCGAAGACCUGCCGGUGGCUUGUCGCGACCGCUGCCAUCUCCUGGAGUGAUCCAGUCCAAACCUCACCACAUUCUAACAAUUAGUGAUUUGGAGGACACUCAAAGGCUUCGCCGCAGCAACCCACACAUGCAGACCACAAGCCGCAACAUGCCUUCCUCCCCUCUGAGCCCAUUGCCUGGACCCAUUACACUCCGCUCAGGGAAGACUUCUCUUCCAAACAGCCCUCAUUUUCCAACUGUUGCCACAGACACCGUGAUCACUUCUCCCUUGACCCGAUCAGCUGUUGGCCGAAAUGCUUCCUCAUCCAGAUGCUCUGGAAAUGCCCGUUGUACAUCACCUUUCUUUCCUCAGUCUCCAUGGCAAGAAGGUGCAGGACAGUUUCCAUCUCAGAAUCUGUCACUGUCUCUACCACGUGCUCGUUUGUCCUUUGAUCUGAGUCAGUCAGACUCGGUAGAGGUUCCACACAACUUCCUCGCUUCUCCUGAGCCCGAGGAUGUCUCCCCAGCAAAUGGUACUUCACCUCAAGAGGACUUGGAUGAGCAGAAGGAUGAAGAGGAAUUCUCUUAUGGUUCCUUUCACAAAGAAGGCAUGAGUCUUGGCGCUGAGAUGAGAACAGAGAUGGAGAUUGAAGAGACACUGCUAACUGAAGAUGUGGCAAUGAACUGUGGAGGACAAAUAGUGGUUGAAGGUGAUAGUCAGGAGGAGUUCUGGGGCCGAACCCAAGAGGUUCACAAGAAAAAAUCUCUUGUUGCUAACCUGCCCCGGUCAGCUGCGUCAAGCAGGGAUGAUUUGGGAAACAGCUCCUCUGAAGACGACAUGGAUCACUAUUUUGACUUCUCACGAACCAUAGUCACCUGCUCAGGAUCAAAGGACCGCUCCAAGUCUCCUGCGUCUCCAUCGCACAGGACCUUGGCUCAGCUGGAUGGUGUUGAUGAUGGUUCAGAUAGCGAUGCCAGCAUCCCGACCAAUGAUGAUGCUCAGAAUAAGGAAGAUUCUUCUCAAACUCGCUGGCAAACCACAGCCAUGGAUGAUAAUGCAACCAAAACACAGGCUCCUCAGAGUCCCGUAGAACCUAAAGAUCAAAGGAGCGCUGAGUCUUUGACACUUCCCUUUUCUACUGCCUCGAGCAGUCCAAUGGAUAUAUCGUCUUAUAAUUCUCAAGCUUCCUGUAAUAAGCCUGACAAAGAACUGAUCUCUUCACAGAGCAUCAGAUUCUCGUCAUUAACGAAGAAGGAGGCAGGCAAUUCUCAUGUAAAGCCGGACACAGUGCUUCCUACCAGAGAGCAGGGCUCUCUUCUUAAGUCGCUCACAAAUGUGCCUCAAACAUCAAAUUGUGUUGAUCUCCUCCAAAGUUUAGGUGCUGGAUUUGGAGAAGGAACACCCCUUGUGCUUGAACGAUGCGAGCACACUGCAGUGAUUCGUGGAGCCGAACUAAGUGCGCCACCAAACCUGGAGUCUGAUAGAGUGAUGGACUCUAAUGCUGCAGCUCACAGCGCUCUGUUGCGUCUUCAUCCAGCUAAAUUAUCUACUUCCAGUGCGCAGAAUCCUUCCCCUCACAAAACAGAGCAUCCGCCUGGUUUCCCUCAGGCCUCUGCCAAUAUCACCCUUCAACCUGUCACUUCAGAGGCAGUGUUCCCGACCAUGGAGUCUUCUUCUACCCCCUUGGUUGGUCUGGUUGGUGACUUCACACAGACACUGCUGAAUCCCGUUCCAAAAAGCGACCCAGGUUUGACAGCUACGUCGAGCAUGCAGACAGGAUCGUGUGCGACCAUCACUUUACCGUUUUACUCUGCUCAAGCGCAGCCUUUAGUUUCAUCUGCUGUCACCAUUGUGUCUUCGUCUGGUUCAACGUUAUGCCCAUCUGAAGUGUGUUCCCCAGCCCCAUCAGUCCAAGCCCCCUCAGCCCCAGUUAUUGUAAACGGCUUCAGCACCUCAUCACUUCACAAAGAUGCAGCUUCUGGUCACACCAUUUCCAUCAACUUCACUGCACCCAGGCCAGUUUUAGAGCCUCAGCAGCCUCUUGUACACCCAGCACUGCCUGGCCAUGCCAUUCUGACAGUUAAAGAAGUCGGAGGUCCAAACGUUGAUCCUACACCACAUGUUCUGCUGGUGAAUCGUCUUGGCCAGAUCUUUGUGAAGAACCCUGAAAGCAAUACAUUUCAGUUGCCAACUCCAAACUCUCCUUCCUUCAACUGUGUGACCCAAAUCGCCAGCCUAUUGCAGAGCAAUGCCCUGUCUGCCACGCUGGCAGCGGCUGGGACCCUGUCUGCUCCAUCCGCUGGGGUCACCAUGACAGCUUCUGCCUCUCCAGCAGUCACCCCGGCGUUUCAGAGUCCGUCCACCAUUACUCAGCUACUUACGAACAACAGCAAUGCUGCUGCCGCCUCGGCCAACUCAAAGAAGGCCAGGAAGAACUCCAAAACUCCAAAAGAUGAAAAUGCCCCUGAUGUUAAAAAGCCAAAGAAAAAGAAAGACUCAUCCAAGAAGUCCAAAUCAUCCAAGGCUGCUGUUCAGUCUGUGCAGCCAACGAACGUGAAUCCUGCUGAAAGUGCUCAAGCUAUUAUCAAUCAAGCAAUGGCGAGUAAUUACACCCCCAAGUGGAGUGGGCUGCAGUCCCUCAGCCCGUCGUCUGUAGUUCUCCCUCCCGGCCUCUUAAUCGAACCUGAAUCCCCAGUGAAAAGCGCUUCACCAACACCAGCCCCGGUCUCGCGCCCUCGCACUCAUGUGAGAAUGAAGAGGGUGUCCUCACUUUCAGACCGCAUCAUUACCAAGAAGUCGAAAGUGGAUUUCAUUCAAACAGCACCCGCAAUCGCGGAGGAGGAGCAGCAGCAGCAGCGACGCAGCAUCUCGAGUCGGGCCUCUGGUGUCCGCAUCAAAACUCCCACGGUGAAAGGCAUUCUCAACCUGGAUGAGUUGAAGGAGGAACAUUUCAGCGACACUGCGAGCAUCGGGUCGGAGCCUCUUGACUUUGUAACGGUUGGUGAGCAAGGCAAGCAACACGCAUGGGAGCAGAUUGGUCACAACAUGUUGACCGACUGGAAAAAGUACUCUGGCGCAGCGUCUGCUUCUGAUGAUGAGCUGUCACCGUCUGAUGAGGAGGAACAAGAUGAGGAGCCUUCGAAGAACAAGGACAUUCCUCACUUGCGAUUUGAGAUCACCAGUGACGAUGGCUUCAGCAUCGAGGCGGAUACUAUUGAAGUGGCCUGGAAAGCGGUUAUCGAUGGGGUGCAGGAGGCGCGAGCCAUUUCCAAGAUGAAACCGCUGACGUUUCGAAGGCUGACAGGCGCUCGCAUGCUGGGUCUGGUUCACGACGCCGUGGUCUUCCUGCUGGAGCAGCUGGAGGGAGCCAAUCGCUGUCAGCGCCACACCUUCCGCUUUUUCAAACAGUUCAGCCAGGAAGAGGACCUGCCGGUGAACCCGACUGGUUGUGCUCGCUCGGAGCUCUACCUAAGGAAGUCCACAUUUGACAUCUUCAACUUCCUCGCCUCUCAGCAUCGGCAGCUUCCUGAUAUAGGGCUCUACGACGACGAAGAAGAUGAAGUUCUGCUCAAGUCAACAAGACGAGCCACCAGUCUGGAGCUGCCUAUGGCCAUGCGCUUCCGACACUUGGAGAAGACCUCAAAGGAAGCGGUCGGCGUGUACAGGUCUGCCAUCCAUGGACGUGGUCUCUUCUGCAAACGUAACAUCGAAGCUGGAGAGAUGGUCAUCGAGUACGCUGGCAUCGUCAUUCGCUCCGUUCUCACUGACAAGAGGGAGAAGUACUAUGAUGGAAAGGGUAUCGGCUGCUACAUGUUUCGCAUUGAUGACUUUGACGUUGUCGACGCCACCAUGCACGGCAACGCCGCGAGGUUCAUCAACCACUCUUGCGAGCCCAACUGCUACUCCCGAGUCAUCAACGUGGAAGGCCGCAAGCACAUUGUCAUCUUCGCUCUGAGGAAGAUCUACCGGGGGGAGGAGCUCACCUACGACUACAAGUUCCCCAUCGAAGACGCCAGCAACAAGCUGAACUGUAACUGCGGCGCACGGCGAUGCCGGCGAUUCCUCAACUGAGAGGUCCUGGAUUAAGCCUUAAUCUGAGAAGGCGCUGGGUUUGAGCAAAGUAUUCAGUACGGCAGGGAAGUUGGCCACAGCCAGUCCUGUGCAGUGGCAUUAAUAGAAGAGGAAAGGCCCGACCAACAUCGUUUCUUCAGUACACGCCUUAUCUGUUAGAGAUCUACAGCAGGACUUGUUUCACAUUCCUGUUGCAGAAUGUCCCAGUUUCUUUCUUCUUCCUGGAGGACGAUCUGCCUUUUAAAGUCUUGUCUGCAUCAUCCUCCGUCGGAGUCCCAUCUGGGGAAAUCUUUUUCUGGAGCCAUACUUUCACCUGAACUUCUUGUUUUUGCAUUUUUUAUCUUACCUUUGCGUUGUUGUGGAUUUUAAAAAAGGUUUCCUGUGAAACGGAAAGACAAACAUGGUGCUACGCUAGUAAGGGUCUUGUGUUCUACUAACGCGUUCUGCUCAUCAGGAUCUCUGCUGCUCGCCCUGCGAGGACCAUUCAUCUUAGAUUGAUGCACUCGAGCGGCACUGUUGAGUUCCCCAACACGACUUUGUCCUGCUUCACCCCCGUAACAUCUUCCUGUGUUCAAAUUGGCCAUCGCAAAGUCAUUCAAAGUCAAACUUAAAAUGCAUCUGAAAGUAUGUAGCAAACCCAUCCAGACAAAGAGCCGCCGGUUGGUUUUAAUGUAUGGUUUUUAUUCUUGGCCAAGAAGUCCAUUCAUCCCAAUAAUACCAUAAGCGGAGCAUUGAUAUCCUUUUAAAUCGACAGACGUUUUCGCUUUGAAUCUGCUACGUUUUAUUCUCCAAAUCUAGAAGUGCACUGGUAUAAAGCAUUGCCACUGAGUGUGUGUGUGUGUCUGUGAGUGUGUGUGUUUGUGUGCGUGUUUGUGUUUCGCUCCUGCACCAGGCUUGUUUUUUUUAAGUGCACAGACUGUAGUCUGCAUUAGAUCGGGGCAAAAAUCCACACGGCACCUUAAAAUGUUCUAAGUUGAUGUGUGCAGUGUUGUCGUCGUUGUUAAUCCAAAUCACACUGUUCAAAUUUGAAGCUAUAUUUAUUCUUUUUUUUGGUUUCUACUUUUAAAGUUCAAAGGUCGUGGUUUGUGUAAAUGGUGGUGGUUGAGUGAAUUUGGACAUCUCCCCCAGUUGUCGUUCUGUUUUCGUUUACAAUCGAUGUCCUUGUUUUCGCUAUUGUACUUGAAUUUUCAUUUGGGGGAGUUUUGUUGUGAUUUGAGUUGUUCCCAGGCAGGUGUUUUAAAUACAUAUAUGUACAUAUAUAUAUAUGCUGAUAUAUGUAUAUGUAAAUAUAUAUGCUUAUAUAUAUAUAUUUUAUGUUUUGUUGUUGUGGUUGAUAACUGUCAGUAGAAUCUGGCGCAGGAGUAAAGUGAGCACUCCCGAAGCUCAUCUUCAUUUGCCCCGCCCCCACUGCCCCCGCGAUAAAGGCUCGGGCUGUUUUAGACCGAUCGGUCCAUUUUGCAUGUCUAACGGUGACGGAGCCCAGAAUAACCCGUCUCAAUCAAACUGGCAAAACACACGAGCAGAGUUUCUCGCAACUCCAAGGAUUCUACCUCAGCUGUUAAGACAGAUGUUUGGGGAAACUGAUGCAAACGGAGGUUGAUAAUUUAAGAGUUUUGGUUUUAAUGUUGUUCAACGCUUGUGAGUUUCUGUGUCAGUUUGUAACAUUUUAUGUUUGUAAGUGAUGAAGAAUGCAAAGCAUUAGUCAAAACCUAAACUUAUCAAAACCAUCUUUCCCAGAGUCUGUUCGAAAAGAUAUGUACACUUCUAUAAAUAAAAAAAGUAUAUAUAUAAUUAUAUAGUAGGGUUAUUUUAAAAUACAUGUAAAAGACAAAAAUAAGAAAAUAUGUGAUCUUUAAAUGCCGUCUUUGUUACUAUGUACAAAUAAACCCUGAGUUUGUAAAUAUUUGUAUACGUAUUUCUAAACCUGUUUAAUUUUUCUAUGCACUUUUUUUUAUUUAUAAUGUUAUUUGCUUAAUAAAGAUGUUCAGAUGU